AUGGCUUCACUCGUGCCUCUACCGCCGUUUGCCCCAGCCUCUGAAUCAUGGGACUCCUACCUCGCUCGGUUCAACUGUUACCUCCAAGCCAACGAGCUGACGGAAGUAUCACAGGAGCGGAAGCGGGGCCUAUUCCUCAGCCUCUGUGGGCCUGAGGUGUUCGAGACGGCCCGAGCAUUGGUUGAGCCUAUAGCAGUCCAGGCAACACUGUGGGACACGAUUCACGAGAAGCUCCGCAACCACAACUUAACAAAAUUUCUGUUUUAGACUGCCUUUUCUGUGGUGUAGGUAUGAUGUAGCUGAGGGGUGGUCUUGGGUUACACCCCUUCUGUGAUGUAUGUAUGAUGUUUCUGGAGGUGGUCUUGAUCUACAGGGUGGCAAUUUCAAAAGUCUUUAUAAGGCCUUGCGCGCCAUUGUUCUGGGUUCCUCCUCCCUCCUGCGUGUGGUGAGGGGAGCACCCUGUUGCAACAAAUCAAUAAAGAUCAGGCUCACUAGCUGCUUUGCUUCUCAAUAUUCUCUGGUUGGCCUCUGUUAUUCUCUCCUACCAAUAGGAAACCUAUGUAAGGACUCUAUAUGGGCUCUUGGAUACCCCAUAAGGGAAAAGGGCAAUUUUUGUUUACAACAGAGGCCGGGGGGCAGAGUUGGCCUGCCCGCCCCCUGUGAGACGGGAGCAAAAAGAAAGCAAAGAGUCUGCAAAUGGCGGCCACUCUCAGCCUCCAUCCUCUGACUCAGCCCAGCCCCUCGUUUUAUUCCCAAGUCAUUGAUUGACUUAAUUUCAUUUCUCUCCCAGCUGCCGUGCUCAUCCUUUUUUCCCUGCCGCCCACACACAGCCUGCAGCCAGUUCUGUCCCCGAUUUAGCCCCACCUCAAGAAGGUGCUGGAUCUGUCCCUCUGCCCUUGGGCGUCCUCCGUCACGGGUGACCUAGCUUCUCUGGGGCGGAGCGUGGGGGGGUCCUCCUUCUCCCCCGCCGUGGCCUAGAUUCCCCUUGUCCCAGCUCCCUGCUCAGAGUCAUGUCUCUUUUCUGGGGGGUGGGUGGGGGCUAUGGCCAAGAAGCAUUUCUCUGCCUCUGUGGCUAGAGGACCACCUACCUUCCUCCCCUCUUCAUUAAAAAGCAGCAGCGUGCUUCCUUCUAGACUCCCACCCACCCUCCCUUCAUGGCCUUCUGCUUGCAAGCUCUCCCCCGCUGAAAGCAGGCCACCAGAACAAGCCUUUUCCCACCCUGCUUAAAGUUGUUGAAAUCUCUUAAAAAAUAAUAAUUCUGCAACCUGUAUAGUUGUUGCGGGUUUGUGCAUCUCCUCCCCCAAAUUUUUUUUAAUUUCAUAAAAUUUAUGCACCGCUCGAUUGUGAAAAUCCCCCUCAAAGCAGUUUACACAAAAGAUCGUUAAGAAAAAUAAACGGCAAGAAUUCUGAGGAGGCGCCAAAGAGAUUGCAGUGGAAACGCCUGCCCUGGUGUCAAGUGGCAGGGAGUUCCAAAGUUACUCAAGGUUGCAAUGUCUCCAUCCCCAAAAUGGCAAUAGGUUGUUCCAGAAGGAGGUCUUCAUCUCUCCAUCUUUUCAUCACUGGUUGACGCCUCCCUUUUAACCGCAGAAGAACGUUCUCUCACCCUGUGCAGCUGUCCUGUUUUUUCCUGUUCCAGGAACCCCGAUGGCCACAAUUAAAAUGCUUCUAAAAGCCUCUCUCGCCAUCAAGCAUCCUGAGUCCCAGAGGAUAGAAUACAGAGGUUACAAUAUCCAAAAUAUUGAGAGGCCUGGUGGCGCUGUGGGCUAAACCACUGCACCUAGGACCUGCCGAUCGGAUGGUCGGCGGUUCGAAUCCCCGUGACGGGGUGAGCUCCCGUUGUUCGGUCCCAGCUCCUGCCCACCUAGCAGUUCGAAAGCACCUCAAAAGUGCAAGUAGAUAAAUAGGGACCGCUCUCUGGUGGGAAGGUAAACGGUGUUUCCGUGUGCUGCUCUGCUUCGACAGUAGUGGCUUAGUCACGCUGGCCACGUGACCUGGAAGCUGUCUGCAGACAAGCGCCGGCUCUCAGCCUCUUGAGCGAGAUGAGCACGCAACGCCAGAGUCGGUCACAACUGGACUGUAUGGUCAGGGGUCCUUUACCUUUUUAUAUUCAUCAUUUAUGUUCCUCUAUGCCAGAGGUUUCCCAAACUUUUUGGGACCCCUGCCCUAUAAAAAGCAAUAUUCAGGAUAGCUGUUUGCACAACCCACUAAGGGAAAUAAUAGCACCAGACAGGAGGAAGAGAUAAUUGCACAUUGAUUCAAGGUCCAAUUAACACUAUUUAAUUCAGUUAAUUCAACCAAAGAGAUGAAUUUGGACCCAGUGACAGUCUGGCAGUCUCUUCCACCUCUAGCCGCCCCCCCCCCCACUGCCACCCCUUUAGUGCCCCCACUAGGGAAUCCCACCACCUCCAGGGGGCGCUACCGCACACUUUGGCUCUAUGCUGAGCACGAACACAUGCGUAUGGAUGUCAAAGCUCCGUCAUGCGGGCACAAAAUUAAGACAUUUAACCGCCCCGAACGCUGUGCGAUGUUGUCCUGCCUGUAUGUGGGGUUAAUCCUGGGUCCCUCUGAGGAAGGCCAAGGGGCAGCCGCCUGGGAGAUUCCCCUUCCUGGUAUCAUCAGAAUCAUCCAGCCUCAGCCUCUUGACAGCCCUCUAAAAAUAUUAUCUAUAUGCGUCUUUUAAUUUCGGAAGACGUUAAUAUCUGAAGGGUAAAUGACUGGGGGGCAGGAAUCAGAGGAAGGGAGAAUCUCUCCCAGGUGGGAGCUGGAAGGAUUGAAGGUUAAGACAAAAUACUGAGAAAGUAGACAGACAGACAGAUAGAUAGAUAGAUUAAAAAACCUAUAUACUUUUGUAUUUUAUUAGGUUCAUUAUUGUCGUUGAUAUUUUAUUUCACUUGUUUUCUUUCUCUUUUUUGGUUUUCCUUUUUUUGAGCUCUAUUAUUCCUUUUAUAUGAUGCUGAAAAAAUAAAAAUGAGGUUAUUUUUGUUAAUCCAGCCUCUGCCCAGGUGGCUUUUAUAGCACAUGAAUCUCUUUCUCUCUUUUCCUCAUCUAUAAUACAUAGCGGUGAAGCUGCUGAGUCAGUGGCUGGGCUCCACGAUGGACUGGAGCCAGUCCUAAUGGGCCUGAUGGGUCGAGGGUUAUCGCCAGAGGGGUAAUCAGCCAUUUACUCUUACGGCAAAAAAAGCAACACCACCAGCAGGGUCUUGUGAUAUCUGAAAAGCAAACAACUGUAGUGUGUGUGGCACCUUUAAAUUAUGUAACUUGAUUAUUGGGGUUUCAAUUGAAUAUUAAGUGGUUUAGAGGUCUUUUGUGCCAGAACAUGGGAAGAGCUUGGCUGCUGGAUCGGGCCAAUGGCCUGCCUAGUCAAGCAUCCCAGUGGCUGAACCGUUGACUGUGGAAAACCCACACUCAGGAUUUGACCGCCUCCCCUCCUGCGGGAUCGCAGCAACUGGUAUUCAAAAGCAUCACUGUCUCCAUGGAGGCAGAGGAGAACCAUCACAGCCAGUAGCCAUUCAUAGCCGUGGACAGACCAUGAAUUUCUUAGCAGGAAAGGAUCUAGGGGUCUUGGUGGAACACAAGCUGAACAUGAGUCCACAUGAGUGUGAUGCAGCAGCAAAAAAGGCAAAUGCUAUUCUAGGCUGCAUCAACAGAAGUCUAGUGUCCAGAUCAAGGGAAGUCAUAGUCCAGCUCUCUUCUGCCUUGGUUGGACCACACCUGGAAUACUGUGUCCAGUUCUGGGUGCCACAAUUUUAAAAUGCCAUUGGUAAGCUGCAAUGUGCGCAGAGGAGGGCAACAAAGAUGAUCCAGUACAGUGGUACCUCGGGUUACAUACGCUUCAGGUUACAGACGCCUCAGGUUACAGACUCCGCUAACCCAGAAAUAGUACCUCAGGUUAAGAACUUUGCUUCAGGAUGAGAACAGAAAUCGUGCUCCGGCGAUACAGCGGCAGCAGGAGGCCCCAUUAGCUAAAGUGGUGCUUCAGGUUAAGAACAGGUUGAGAACGGACCUCCAGAAUGAAUUAAGUUCUUAACCCGAAGUACCACUGUAUAUCUGAAGGAGCGUCUCCACCCCCAUCGUUCUACCCGGACACUGAGGUCCAGCGCCAAGGGCCUUCUGGCGGUUCCCUCACUGUUAGAAGCCAAGUUACAGGGAACCAGGCAGAGGGCCUUCUUGGUGGUGGCACCCGCCCUGUGGAAUGCCCUCCCACCAGAUGUCAAAGAGAAUAACAACUACCAGACUUUUAGAAGACAUCUGAAGGCAUCCCUGUUUAGGGAAGCUUUUAACGUUUGAUGCAUUACGGUAUUUUAAUAUUUUGUUGGAAGCCGCCCAGAGUGGCUGGGGAAGCCCAGCCAGAUGGGUGGGGUAUAAAUAAUAAAUUGUUGUUGUUGCUGCUGCUGCUAAGUCUGGAAACCAAGCCUGAUGAGGAACGGUUGAAGGAGCUGGAUAUGUUUAGCCUGGAAAAGAGAAGACUGAGAGGAGAUAUGAGAGCCAUCUUCAAAUAUCUCAAAUAUCACAAGGAGGAUGGAGAAAGCUUGUUUUCUCCUGCUCUGCAAGGUAAGACUCGAACCAGUGGAAUCAAGUUUACAAGAAAGGAGAUUCCAACUCAACAUUAGGAAGAACUUUCUGACCGUAAGAGCUGUUCGACGCUGGAACAACGGCCUCCCUUCCGAAGGUGGUGGACUCUCCUUCCUUGGAAGUUUUAAGCAGAGAUUGGACGGCCAUCUGUCAGGAAUGCUGAAAUUCCUGCAUUGCAGCGGGUUGGACUGGAUGACCCUUGCAAUCCCUUCCAACUCUAUGAAAGCCGUCCUUGCCGUCCCUGCCUCCUGUGGCAGUGAGUUCCACAGUUUCACACUAUGCUGUGUGAAAGAGGACCUCUUCCUUGGACGCAGUCUAUAAAGGCUGGGUGAAAAUAAACAGAAUGUGGGCCGUGGGUUUUGUGGGGCUGCCCAGCUGGGAACUCCAGAUGUUCUGAGUCUUCCUCUCAGCCCCAGCCGCCAGGCUGAGAGUUGCUGCGGUCCAGAAAGGGCCGUCACUGCCUUUCUCCGCCUCUAACCUACCUCGCAGGGCUGUUGUGAGGAUAACAGGGGGAGGAGGGAAACCGCGUACUCAGAAAGGUGAGAUACAAACAAACAAACAAAUGAUGCUCAAAUAUACAAACGAGGCUUCCCAUCGCCGUUGCGCAUGGCGCGCUGCGCCCUUCAAGGCGGCAUCUGUGCGCCUCUCCAUCGAAACCGGCGUCGUCUCCGUCCCGGGCUAGGCUGAGGGGGGGGGACCCCUCCUUCCUCGGGUCAUGGGAGGGGACGGCGGGGGGGGGGUGGCUCCUCCCUCCCUCUCCCCCGCCUCCCCCGCCGGAGUCACGUAGCUCUGCGGCACCGCAGCCUCUUUUACAGCCGGAGCCGCGCCGCCCGCACACGCAGCUUGCUCCAAGCCUCGACGACAGACGGACGCACGGACGGGAGGCCGGUAAGCCCGCCAGGAUCGGGUCCCAGAGACCCCCCCCCAUACCUUCCUCCUCCGUGGCACCGUUGCCUGUCCCCCCUCCCCACAAGAAGGCAAGACCCCCCACUACCAUUUGCUCGAGGGGAAGGACGCACGGCACCCCACCGAAAGACGGUCCGAGGAUAGGACACUUGGUGGUGGGGCUCCCCUGUUUAUUUUUCCAGCCCCCCAAUUCCUCAUCUCUGCCUGGUUUUCUGGGGAGCACCCUACACAUAUUUUUUUGGAGGGAUGGGAAGGGGUUUUUUGGGGGGAGGGGAGCAAUCUCCAGCCUCCCCCUCUGUGCUGCGGUGCAAAGUGAUGAAGAGGCGUCAUAUGGGAGGAAGGAAAGGAGCCUGGGGUUCAGAUGGAGCCCCUUAGCGAGGUUAGGGGGUUGCUGUGGGAGUGGUGGCGAAAUGCACUCUGCAUGUGCUCAGAGGCACCCGCCGGGCAGGCAAAGUGUAGGGCGGGAUUGGUUCCAGCUAAUGUGCGUGCGUGGUUGAGGAGGGAGGCCCAGCCAUCAAAUCCCUCCAAACGCCACCCCCUUCCCAUCUUUUGCUAAUUCCGGCAUCCUUUCUCCUGCGAAAAAUACCCCUUUAAAAUUAUUAUGUUUGCAUUUCUGUAACCCAGGAAGCAAAGUCCCAAAUGGCGGGGAGGGGGUCCAGAGAGGCAAGGGGGCUGACUUCCACCCUGGGGCUCCCCCAGCUGCUGACCGCCGUGUUAGGGUCCGUCUUGGUGGUCCUGCCAGCCUCCACUUGGAUUUGGGGCUCCUGUUCUGGGCCGCCCCCCUUGGUAGGUAUAAAAAUAUGUGCGGGUAUUUCUUGCACCCAGAAUUCUGGAAUGGCGAUUCCUCCUUGCCUGCCUGUUUGCUAGUCGUUCCCUGGCACCCGUUGCCCAGGGAUGGGGAGGGAGCCUUGAGUCCUUUGGCGCUGGCUGGGUUGGGGGUGGCGAAGUGGGAGGGGAGCUGAAAGCAGCUUUCGUGGGACGCUUUCGGAAUGGCAACAUCUCUUGUUCCUGGCUCAAAAAAAGCUUUUUUUGUGAGCCUGGCAGAUUGAUGGCUUGAAUUAAAUCUUCCUUUCUGGACAGAUGGCUAAGAGGCAAGUCUCUCCCGCCCCUGCCCCCCUCACUUUUCUUGCCUGUGGCUCAACUUGCUUUCUUGAAAGCGGAAAACACCAGAUGAGAUGUUGAAUUUUAAUAUAGUGAUUGAUCGGUUGCUUGCUUUCCUAUUCCAUCUCUAAGGAACUCAAGGUGGUCUGCAGGGCCCCCCCCCAACAAUAACCCUGCGAGGCAGGCUAGCCCAAGAGGCAGUGGCUGGCCCCCAAGGUCACCCACCCAGAGAGCCCCAUGGCCAAGAGGGAGGAUUUGAACCCUGGUGUCUCUAACCACUAUACCACACUGCCUCUCUGGCGUGCAUGUUACAUUUACAGGGAAUGUGGGGCGCAGCUCAGCGCUCCAGAGCCCCUGCUUUGCAUGCAGAAGGUCCCAGACUCAGUCCCCAAUGGUAGGGCUGGGAGAGACUGCAACCCUGGAGAGGCAGUGCUGCCGGUCAGUGUGCGCAAUACUGGGCUGGAUGGACUCUGUAUAAGGAAGCUUCCUAUAUAGGUAGUGGCAAAGCACCUCCUUGCAGAAGGUCCCAGGCUUGGUCCCCAGUGGUGUCUCCAGGUAGGGCUGUAAGAGAGUCUGAAAUCCUGGAGAGCCAUUGCUGCCAGUCAGAGUAGGCAUUAUUUAGCUAAGUGGAGGAAGCCUCUAACUCACUAUAAGGCAGCUUCCAGAGUUUCUAUGAACCAGCAUGGCAGAGUGGGGAGAGACUUGGACUGGGACCUGGGAGAGACCAGGGUUCAAAUCCCUUGAGCUCCCUGGAGACAAAGGUGGGAUCCAAAGGCCAUAAAUCCAUGGUCCACCCCUAUUUCAUUCUCACAGCAACCCUGCCAGGUAGGUUAGGUUGAGAAGCCAAGGUCACCCACUGAGCUGAGGGGGAAGAUUUGAACCCUGGUCUUUCUCAGGCUGACACCCUAGUCCACUGUGCCACAUCCGCUCUGACCAGACACCGAAUUUUUAGUGUGUGUGUGUGAGGCUUUCUCUGAGUUGCCCUGGGCUUUGCCAACCAGCCCUGAGAAGAGGGCGUGUGGUGGGUUGCCGUCUCCCCAAAAAUGGGGCGAAAACCGGCUGGCGGGUUGGGGCAGCCCACGAAGCUGCCAAGGAUGUAGCAAGGUCACAGGGCCCCUGGCCUGGGGUGGGGGUCUCUGGCCCAGCUCUGGUGCCCGGUUUGGGGUCAUUGGUGCUGAUAAUAAUAAUAAUAAUAAUAAUAAUAAUAAAUUUAUUAUUUGUACCCCACCCGUCUGGCUGGGCUUCCCCAGCCACUCUGGGCGGCUUCCAACAAAGAUUAAAAAUACAGUGGUACCUCGGGUUAAGAACUUAAUUCGUUCCGGAGGUCCGUUCUUAACCUGAAACAGUUCUUAACCUGAAACACCACUUUAGCUAAUGGGGCCUCCCGCUGCCACCGGAGCACGAUUUCCGUUCUCAUCCUGAAGCAAAGUUCUUAACCCGAGGUACUAUUUCUGGGUUAGCGGAGUCUGUAACCUGAAGCGUAUGCAACCCAAGGUACCACUGUACAUUAAAAUGUCACACAUUAAAACUUCCCAGAACAGGGCUGCCUGAUGAGUAUCUGGCAGUGUUGUGGGACCGCCUUGCCCCUCGUGUUGAUGAGGGAAGAGGAAGGGUGUUGGCCCCCACCUAGGAGGAACUUCUCCUCCCAACUGGAGAUACCCAGGAAGCAGGAUUAGGAUCACGGAGAGGGGUCCAGUCCUUUUAGGAGAAGAGCUUAAGGGGAGCAGGAUCUGCCUGCACAAUGAGGACUAGCGCAUCUUUCUCCAAAGGGAAGCAAACACACGGCAGAGUCUUCGAAAAGGUUCCGGAAGGGGCAGCCCAAAUGACCCAGGGAGUGGAAAGACUAACCCUGGGAGGAGAGCUUGCAGCGUUUGGGACGUCCCACAGCGCAGGGUUAAGCUGUGGAACUCCCUCCCACAAGGGCCACCAACCUAGAUGACUUUAGAAGAGGAUUGGACAGAUUCCUGGCGGGGGGGAGGGCUCUGCUCUGGCUGCACUUCUGAAUCCCAGUUGCUGGAACCCACAGGAAGGGAGAGCGCUCUUGAGUUCGAAUCCUGCCAUGGGUUUCCCAUGGGGGCAUCUGCUUGGCCGCUGUGAGGGCAGGAGACUGGACCAGAUGGGCCAUGGGCCUGAUCCAGCAGCCGCUUCUUAUGUUCUUAUACUUUUAUGUUUCCACGCUCUCCUGGAGCUCCCAGAGACAGGGAUUGCUUCAUGUUGACAGGUCGCUUUGAUGGAAUACCCAUUGUAGAAUUGCAGAGUUGGCAGGGGCCCCCAGGGGCCAUCCAGUCCCACCCCCUGCAGCGGCUUGCAGAGAGUUGGGGGGCAAGAAGUAGCAAACCCCCUUUCUCCCUUAUGAGAAAAGACAGCAAGGCUGGGGCCUUUUUAGCUUAGGAAACCAGGCAAAUUGCGGAGGUGUAAACAUUUAUGUGAGGUGUGAUAGAGAUGGAGAGAGGGUUCUUUCCCCCUUUUAUUUAUUAAUUAUUGUCUAUUUAUUGUAUUGAUAUCCCAAGGAGCUCAAGAUGAUGAUGAAGAUGAUAAUAAUAAUAAUAAUAUUUUAUUUAUACUCCGCCCUUCCCAGUUCAGAAACCGGGCUCAGGGCAGCUAACAACAAAUUUAAAACACUUAAUUGAUGCAACAAAAAACAGCAUAAAACAUGGAUAACAAUUAAUUCAGAAUUCAAAAAUCAAUUUGGGGGGGGAAACCAUCCAAUAAAUAUUAGGUGAUCACCAGGGCUAGCUGGCUAAAUUAGUCCUAUUUGGGCCAGCGAGGAGAACAGGGGAGAAUUAGCUGUGGGAUCCCAGAGUGGGCAAUCUUCAUAAAAGGGGGGGGGGAGGGAAAAAGAUGGCAUGGAAAGUUCUCUUCCUCCCCAUUUCAUCCCCCCAGCAACCCUGUGAGGUGGCUUAUGCCGAGACUGAGCGACUGGCUUCCAAGUUCAGGCAGUGAGAGCUUCGUGACUCAGCUGGGUGAUUUGAACCCGGGUCUCUCCCAGGUCCUGGUCUGGCACUCUCACCACUAGGCCACCACAGGCUCUGCAUAAUGCGAUGAUCCAAAGGGGGCUGCCCAAUGAAGCUCAGGACAGGCAAAAGGAAGGACUGGUUCAGGCACCGUGUAGUUGAACUAUGGAACUCACUGCAACAAGAUAUUUAUUUAUUUUAAAAACAGUGUCCUGUUCUCUCUCCGCUUUCUCCAUGCUGUGCGAUGGGCUGUAAACAUCUGACGGCAUCCUUGUUUGGGGAAGUUUUUAAUGUUUAAUGCUGUGUUGUGUUUUUAAUAUUCGGUUGGGAGCCGCCCAGAGUGGCUGGGAAGCCCACCCAGAUGGGUGAGGUAUUAAUAAUAAUAAUAAUAAUAAUAAUAAUAAUAAUAAUAAUGUUGCCUUAUCUCUAAGUCUCAAAGGCUCCUGGCUUCUUGGGAGAAGAAUAUUUGGGGAUAUUGUUGUAAAAGGCGAAAGAUUUAUAUGAUCUGAAGAGAAACCAGAGUAUUUGGGGAUAUUGAUGUAAACAAAAUCUGCCCUUUCCCCCUUAUGGGGUAUCCAAGAGCCCAUAAAAUUCUUAUCACAAUAUCCUACUGAUUCACUGGAUUUGGGGCCUGUGCUGCUGAUAAUAAUGAUAAUGAUGAUGUUAAUAAUAAUAAUAAUAAUGGCAAUAAUUAAUAAUGGGUCCCCAUUUGGUGGCCGCAGAAAAGAAAAGCCCUUGCAGGGCAUGUUUGUUUUGCAGGCUGUGCUUGAGAGGGGAAGGGUGCUUAAUCCUCAGGGGUCACUAACAGCAAAGCCCUCAGCUGCCUGUGGUUGGGGGGGGGAGGGCCUGGCCGUGUGCUGCCAUCUGGCUGGGGCUGCCACGAGACUGGGCACGUGUCUGUGCUGGUGGCUGUGAUCGCCCCGCUCUCUGUUACAUAAGUUGUCCUCUGCUACGUGCUCCCUGGAUGGGUAGGCGGGCAGAAUGGUGGCGGUUCUGUCUGUCUGGUUGGGUGGCGCAGCUGGGUGGGGGGCUUGGAAGUCCCCCCUCCCUGCAACUGCCUGAGCAGAUGAGGCCUGGCAGAGAGGGGGCUGGCCCAGCACCCAUCUUUUUAAAUUUAUAUACUGCCCUUCAUCCAAAGAUGGGGGGGGGGGGGGCGUUGGCAGAAUAAAAUACAAGAUAAAACACAGUACAGUGUUACCUCGGGUUAAGUACUUAAUUCGUUCCGGAGGUCUGUACUUAACCUGAAACUGUUCUUAACCUGAAGCAUCACUUUAGCUAAUGGGGCCUCCUGCUGCUGCUGGAGCACGAUUUCUGUUCUCAUCCUGAAGCAAAGUUCCUAACCUGAAGCACUAUUUCUGGGUUAGCGGAGUCUGUAACCUGAAGCGUAUGUAACCUGAAGCAUAUGUAACCUGAGGUACCACUGUAAAUAAUUAAACCAAAACAACAAAAGAAUAACUCCCCCUUCCCGCUGAUACCUUUAAAAGGCUUUAGAAUACUAAUCAGCCAAAGGCGUUAAACUGUGGAACUCCCUGCUGCAGGAGAAGUGGAUGUUGGACUAGGUGGCCAUUGGCCUGAUCCAGCAGGCUCUCCUUACGUUGUGAUCCUGGAAUCGUUGCCAUUCCUUUUGUAAAACCAGAUCCCCGAAUUGUGUUUCCCAGGCCUGAUCAGCCCGUCAUACUCAGCAAAGCUUCUGUUUUAAGCUCUCUAUCUAGUUCCAUCCCCCAGCUGGGAAUUAGUUUAAGGGGUUAGAUAAAUAGAUAGUUUAUUACGGUCGGAGACCAGCUUAUAAAACACACUUGGGGGUACAGUCCCAGAAGGAAAGCAAACAAUUAGAACAUUGUACAACAAUAAAUUUAAAAUUUAUAAAUGCGAUAAGCGUUUACGGGGUUGAAAAAUGGAAUUAAACUGAUUGUUCUUUCGAUGCACAGAUGUCGACUCGAUCGAUAUUCGCACAUAAAGUUUCCAUGAGCUCUGUAGCAGAUAUUGAUUGAGUAAAUUGGAAAUCCCUAGAUUGGUUUUGGAUAACAAAAAUGUACAAGGUUGCGGUACUGACUUGCUAUGCAUAUGGGUUGACUUUCUGUUUAUUCUGGAAGCUUUUUGUCAUCGUUUAAAGACAAGCGAACAAGGCUUGCAUAAAAGCAGCGAGUGGACGGAGGCCUUGGCAAAGUUGGCGGGAGUUGGUGACCUCCAUUUGCGGGGUGGGGGAGCCCUAGAAAGAGCUGCCCCCAUGGGCGCCAUGUCAGGAAAGGUAGGGGGUCUCUGCUGACUUGCUUCUUGUGCCUUCCUUUGGCGCAGGGAAAAGCAGCCAAGAUGACGCACCAGUACCCCGCCCUCACCACGGAGCAGAAGAUGGAGCUCUCCGACAUCGCCCAGCGGAUCGUGGCCCCGGGCAAGGGGAUCCUGGCAGCCGAUGAAUCCGUGGGUAGGCCUCUUUUUCUUUUAAAAAGCGCCCCUGGAAAUUUCCUGCACUGGUUCUCCACUUAGGCAGGAAGCCCCAGAUGCACAACUAUAGGAUGGGGGGGCACAUGGCUUGACAACAGAGCAUGUGAGAAGGAUUGGGGUGGGGUUGGGGGGUCUUAGGAAACCACAAGCUGAGCAGGAGUCCACAGUGUGAUGCAGCAGCAAAAGAGCGAAUGCUUCUCUAGCCUGCAUUAAGAGAAGUCUAGUGUCCAGAAUCUCAGGGGUCAGUAAACUUUUUCAGCAGGGGGCUGGUCCACUGUCCCUCAGACCUUGUGGGGGGCCAGACUAUGUUUUGGAGGGGGGGGAAAGAACAAAUUCCUAUGCCCCACAAAUAACCCAGAGAUGCAUUUUAAAUAAAAGCACACAUUCUACUCAUGUAAAAACACGCUGAUUCCUGGACUGUCCAUGGGCUGGAUUUAGAAGGCGAUUGGGCCGGAUCCGGCCCCCAGGCUUUAGUUUGCCUACCCAUGGCCCAGAUCAAGGGAAGUCAUAGUCCCGCUCUAUUCUGCCUUGGUCAGAUCACACCUGGAGUCCUGUGUCCAGUUCUGGGCGCCACAAUUGAAGGAGGAUGUUGACAAGCUGUAAGGUGGGCAGAGGAGGGAGACCAGGAUGGUCAAGGGCCUGGAAACCAAGCCUGAUGAGGAACGGUUGAAGGAGCCAGAUAUGUUGAGCCUGGAAACGAGGAGUUUGAGAGGACAUAGGAGAGCCAUCUUCAAAUAUCUCAAGGAAGAUGGAGCAAGCUUGGUUUCUCCUGCUCUGGAAGGAAGGACCCGAAACAAUCCUGUCAGGGAUUCUUUAGUUGAGAUUCCUGCAUUGCAGGGGGUUGGACUAGAUGACCCUUGGGGAUCCCUCCCUGUCCUAGGAUUCUAUGAUACCAAUUCUCUGCUGGUGUUACCUGCUGGCUUUGGCCGACCUUAUCGAGCGGCUUUUGAUUCCCAUUUUACAGAUGGCAACUGAGGCUGAGAGUCAAGAUCCCUCAGACUAGGGGCACUGCAGACUAACAUACCCCUGACCCUCCCGCCAUUGCGCUUCUGAACAUUUGCGUGGGUUUUUGGUUUGCUAAGCCCCCUCUGCCUUCCUCCUCCUCCGACAGGGAGCAUGGCCAGCGGCUGAACCAGAUUGGAGUGGAGAACACGGAGGAGAACCGACGUCUCUACCGCCAGAUCCUCUUCAGCGCCGACAGCCGGGUGGAGAAGUGUAUCGGAGGGGUCAUCUUCUUCCACGAGACCAUGUACCAGAAGGCGGAUGACGGCACGCCCUUCGUCGAGAUGGUCAAGGACAAGGGCAUCGUCGUGGGCAUCAAGGUGCGCGAGGCGAAUCGGGGCCGUGGGUCACGAGGUUUCUCCCCCUUCGAGGGAAAGGAAACAACCGCCGGCUCUUGUUUGCAGGGAGUCUCAAGGCCAGACCCUGGCGACCCCGUGCCCUCCCCACCUCUUGGACUACAACUCCCAUGGGUGUAUAAUCCCGGGGCUGAUGGGAAUUGUAGUGCGGCAAGAUCUGGAGGGCAGCAGGUUCCUGGCUUGUUCUGGGCCUUGGAGAGGGUCUGGGUCCCUAGAGGGUCUGUCACAGAGGCGUCGGUCACCCUUGGGUGUCUUGUGUCUUUCACAGGUGGACAAGGGCGUUGUGCCCCUCGCUGGGACCGAUGGAGAGACCACCACCCAAGGUAGGAGCCUUUGAAAGCCCAGCCAAACCCAUCGGAUGAGUUGCUAGCUAGCUGGUGUUCAAAUGUGCAUGCAGGUCAAAGCGAUGUUUCGGAAUAGCUGUUUCCUUCGCCAUCCUAGAGACGAUUUUGAGCUGGAUGGAUCAAUGCUCUGAUUCAGUGCAAAGCACAUUUGCUGCCCUUGCCCAUUGUUCCAAAGGUCGGGUUGGGAUUAACUUGAUCUGCUCUUUCUGUAAGUGGAUUAGGUCUUAGAUGCUUCACGCCAUGAAAUUUUAGGGCUGAGGGUAAGGUAAAGGUAAAGGGACCCCUGACCAUUAGGUCCAGUCGUGGCCGACUCUGGGGUUGUGGCGCUCAUCUCGCUUUACUGGCCGAGGGAGCCGGCGUACAGCUUCCGGGUCAUGUGGCCAGCAUGACUAAGUCGCUUCUGGCGAACCAGAGCAGCGCACGGAAACGCCGUUUACCUUCCCCCCAGAGCGAUACCUUUUUAUCUACUUGCACUUUGAGGUGCUUUCAAACUGCUAGGUGGGCAGGAGCAGGGACUGAGCAACGGAGGCUCACCCCAUCGCGGGGAUUCGAACCGCCGACCUUCUGAUCGGCAAGUCCUAGGCUCUGUGGUUUAACCUACAGCGCCCCCCAUGUCCCAGGGCCGAGGGUAGGCUCUCUUAAAUAAAUAAAUAAUCAAGAGUGCUAAGAAGAUGAGAAUAGCCUGCGGGAUCAGAGCAGUGGCUCAUCUAAUCCUGUAUCCUCUUCUCGCAUGUGCCAAAUGCCCCAAAGAACCUGGGAAUCGAGAUAGACUGCCUCUGGACCUGGAGGUUCUAUAGGAACAUCAGAAGAGCCCGGCUGCUGGAUCAGGCCAAAGGAGGCCCAUCUAGUUCAGCCUCCUGUUCUCACAGUGGCCAACCAGGUGCCUCUUCUGGGAAACUUGCAAUCAGGAUCCAAGCCUGAGCCCUUUCCUUUACUGUGGUUUUCAUCAACUGGUAGUCAGAAGCAUUUACUGGCUCCAGCCUGGCUAGCAGCCAUCGAUAGCCCUCUCCUCCUCCAUCAAUCGGUCCAGUCCUCUUUUAAAGCCAUCUCGCUUGGGGGUCAUCAGUGUUUCCUGUGGGAGAGAGUUCCAUAGCUUAAGUCUGCGCGGUCCUUUCUCACUAAUAAUGAUAACAUCUGCGGAAACCUCCUAUUUCAUCAGACCUGUGUAGGCAUUAAAGACAUGUCCCAUAACGGUUUGUUGAUGCUUGUUUUAAAAUAGUCUCUUUUGCUUCAAAAUAGUUUUUAUUUUUUUAUGUGGUUCUCUUCUUUUUCAUAUUGUAACACACCUUGAUAUGUUCUGUGAUUUAACGGUACAGAAAUACCUUGAUAAAUAACUCAGGGCUUGUGAAUGAUUAACUGCCUCCAUCAGGCAACUGAAAGCUCUUAAAAAAAAGAAAAAAGGUUUUAUUAAAGCUUUAUCACAAUACAAUGAGAUAAAAGAAACUAACCUAAAUAAAAACACAGAGAAAGAAAAAGGAAAAUGCAGAGUCCUCUCUCAGAGGCAGCUCUUAAUCGCGCAGAAGGUGGUUCAGCCCCCUAGCUCUCACCUGGAAGCUGUAACUAAAAGUUCCAUAACUGUUUAAUUGGAGUAAUUAAACUCUGCAGCCCUAAACCCUGAUACCACCGGCUAAUUAUUUUAAAUAUCUCCAGCCCAUCCCUUAGGAAGGUGCCAGUUAACAGGUCAGGCUUUUGAUUUUUAAAAUACAAGUAUAUUAUUGUCCGCCCCCAAUGUUUCCCUUCCUUCCUCCUGCCAGGCCUGGACGGGCUUUCUGAGCGCUGCGCUCAGUACAAGAAAGACGGGGCGGAUUUCGCCAAGUGGCGCUGCGUGUUGAAGAUCAGCGAGAACACCCCCUCCGCCCUGGCCAUCCUGGAGAAUGCCAAUGUCCUGGCGCGCUAUGCCAGUAUCUGCCAGCAGGUAAGGGCCCCCGGCUGCCGGGAGCGUCUGGAACAGAGGAAGUCCCCUUGCAAUGACUGUCUAGCUUGGUAUUGUCUGCCCUGGCUGGCAGCAGCUCUCCCGGGUCUCUCACAGCCCUGCCUGGAAAUGCCGCUGAGGACUGAACCCAGGACCUUCUGCAUGCAAAGCAGGCCACGGCCCUUCCCCUACAAAGUUUCUAGUCCUCAUGCAUUUAAAUAAAGCUUCGCCUGUAAUAGGAACAUGGGAAGCUGCUUUAUGUAGGGUCUGGUAUUUGGUAUUUUCAACACGGACUGGCAGCUAGAGCCCUUUCCUUAAAAAAACCCCAUAUGGCUAUACUCCUUAUGGUUCUAAAUAAAGGGGCAAACAGGAAGCUGCCUGGUGCAGACUACAGUCCAUUGGGAUUGCGUACGCACUGGCUGGCAGCAGUUCUCCAGGGUUUUAGCUGGCAAGUGUCAUUUCCAGCCCAGAUGCCGUUGGGGUUUGAACCUGGGGCCUUCUGCAAGCCAAGCAGGUUCACCACACCCCUGGGCUCUGGCCCUGUGCUAGCCUCAUGCCUUGCCACAUGCCCAGAGUGGCGAUGGGGAAGAUGGCAGUGUGGCCUAGUGGUGAGAGUGUCUGACCAGGACCCAGGAGAGACCGGGGUUCAGAUCCCCCACUCAUAGGCCAGUCACGCUGCCUCUCUCCGCCCAAGCUACUUCGCAAGGUUGUUGUGGGGGUGAAUGGGGAGGAUGAGAACCAAGCUGAGUUCCUUGGGAAUAAAGGUGGGCUAAAUAAUGGAAUAAAUAAAUAAAAAUGAAAUAAAAUUAUGCAGCCGCCACACUGCAUCUUCCGGGGCAAAGAAGCCUCUCGCGUCUUAAGUGCCUGUGUUGGCCUUUCUGCUCUAGAACGGCAUCGUGCCCAUUGUGGAACCAGAGAUCUUGCCCGACGGAGAACACGAUUUGAAGAGGUGCCAGUACGUGACUGAGAAGGUGAGGCAUCUCUGUGUGUGUGUAAGUUUAGAAAACAGGCAUGGCUGCCCCCACCCCUUUCAAAAUUUCAUUUUUUAAUGUCCAUAAAACAGAACAAUUGUAACAGAUAAAAAAACCAAAACUGUGAAAUGGGUACAUAGAACACAGCUGCACAUGAGUUAAAAUGGCAAAGUGCAAGUGUAAAUUCUCAACGUUAUCAGAUUAUCAAGCUUGGUUUAAACAAUGCUUCCAUUGCAUAUGUCACAGAACGAACACCAAAUCACAUAAACGGCAUCUGGAAGCCUUAAUUUUCUCAUUAUAGCUCUAUUCCAGAAUGAGGGGUACCAAGUGUAAGAUUUUGGGCUGGAAAACAGGGCUGGCUUAAUCCACAUGGUGAAAGGCUAUCUUUGGGUUUUUAUGCUUUUUCUUCUUAAAGUUUACAGACUCCGCCAAAGUGUUUAGCAGAAUGCCAGCAAGGCUGAACCCCGCUGUCAUUUUUUCAGUAUUAGAAGGGCUGGCAGGAAGCAAAAUAGUUUUGUUAACGUUUUGUUUCUGUGAUCCUUUGCAUUGGAUAUGUCGUAAAUAAAUACAAUGUGACCUGCAACUUUUAAAGAAGCCUUGAAAGAGCAUGAGGACAGCUUUGCCUGUGCGCGUCCCACAUUCAGCGGGGUCCGGUAAGUGGCAUAGCGGCCUCUGACCGUGGAGGAAGUGCUAGCUGUUGUGGCCAGGAGCCGUCAAUAGCCCUUUCCUCCUUGUAUUGGCCCAAUCCUCUCCCCCCCCCCCCCAAUUUUUAAAUUAAUUUUCCAAAAUUUAAAACAAACAGACAUACAUCCUAUUUAUAAUUAAACCAAUCUUUGUAACAUUAUUAAGUGACUUCCUCAAAUCCCCUUGGUUGAAUUUCAUUAUAUAUUAUUUUAGCAGUUUUCCAAAAUCAAUUUUCUCAAAAAAUUAACUUGAUCACUUAACAUCUUUCAUUUUCCAAUCAAGCUAUCUUAACAUAUUUAACUAAAUAGUCUUUAAAUUUCAUCCAUUUUUCCUGGUACUCCUCCUUCUGGUCGCGGACUCUUCCAGUCCGGUCGGCCAGCUCCGAAAAAUCCAUCAUCCUCAUCUGCCAAUCUUCCACUUUUGGUACUUCUUGUGUUUUCCAGUUCUUCGCUAACAAGAUCCUUGCUGCAGUUGUGGCAUACAAAAACAAUUUAACAUCUUUCUUGAGCAAUUCCAAACCUGUUAUUCCAAGAAGAAAGGCCUCUGGUUUCUUAAUAAAUGUAUGGCGACGAAGGUAGCGGCUUAGUAAAGGCGGCUUAGUUAACUUCGUCUGCCUUUAGAUUAAGUUUUAAGUAGUUUUAAGUAGUUAUUUUAAUCCCCCUCUGGGUUUUUAUUGUUUUAUUGUUUUUAGACUAAGCUUCAAGUAGUUCUAAGUAGUUUCUUUUAACCCCUCCGGGCUUUUAUUGCUUUAUUGUUUUAUUACCUGCUUCGUGCUUCAGCCUUGCUGCCUUGCCGCACCCCCCGCUGUGCAUUUGGUGCUGAGGAGCUGAGUAAUCUUCUGAGACGAGUGAGUGGGGAAGGGAAGAGGUCUGGCUGACUCCCCUGCCGUGAAGGGACUCCCCGUCACUGGAAAGGAGAGGGCUCGGGCUCCACCAGGGAAACAUACUGAGAGCCAGCGCUCGCUGAUGAGCUAAGCAGGAGAAAGCUGCAGAUUCAUCCCUACUCAUCCAUUGGCCCUGCUAAUUAGGCAGAAACACUGGGGGACAACUGGUUUUCUAAUAGGAAGACAACUAUCCAACAUGGUCCUCACUAGAAAGUUGUGUAAGGAGUUGGGUAUCUUGCCAGAUACGCCACUUAGCCCCCCGGGACCUGGAAAGAGACAAAGUAAAAUUAUAAAUUACUUCCCCAAGAGGGAGGAAUGCAUGAGUGAACAAAUUGAACCAAUUAUUGACGAAGUCACUCCUCUCCCCUUACUUACCUUGACCGGUCACAUUACUUCAAAGAGCUUCAACACAACUCUGGAAACACAAAUUCCCCAAGAAGCCUGGCGCAAGAGCUAGUUCUAGCUGAGAAACCUGUGGAAAAUAUUUCUGUCACCUAUAACCAGCGGCCCCUGGCAGAAUUAACAACAUGCCACCAAGACCAGGCGCCCACUUCCAAAUAUACUCAAACUGAACUGAGUGAUGGCCAUCUUCAGGCCCAUUUCCAAGAUAUAAAUAUAGACCUUUCCAACAUAACAAUGACUUGACAAUAACAAAUGGGUUAUUGCUGACCCUUGUGGAAAAUUUUAUUCCCCAACCAAAAGAGACAACAGCAACCGAUGCACCCCAAGUGCAUAAACCAGAUGAACUUGUGCAUAACCCAGAUGAACUAGUGAAGAUGAGACAAGCAGUAACAACCAAGAAAUUGCAAAAAAUAGAUCAAAAGUCCGGGAAAAGAAAACUAAGAACAUUAAAACAACAAGGAAAAUAAAGAUAAGCCGACAUAAACAAUGGCAGAAAUUAUUUAAUCUACUCCCAUUGGACUCAAAUAAAUCUGCUGCACGAGAUAAAAAAGAGAAUGGCAGGAAGGGGAAAAGAAGCCAUCGCCAAAGCUAAUGGCUAAGGUGGCAUCUCUGAACCAGAAUUCAGAACUAAGUGGGAGGACGGAAGCAACGUCCCAGAGUUCUGGUAACAGUUCACUCAGUGAGCCAGAUUCUGGGGGGAAGUGGUCCCUAACAAUGAAGGCAGCAAACCGCUUAGCAAAUCGGGAAAUGGGGACGAUGCAAUGCCCAAUCGCGAUGACAACACUAUACAAGAUGGGCAAACCUUUAUUCAGGCAAGAUGUUGGAACCUGAUUUUAAAUCCCUCAAUAUUAGUAUUUACAAACUUCCCAAAAUCAAAGGGCUUCCUUACAGGGAAAGAACGAAGAAUGAGCUCCUUGAACGUUCUGAAUGAUAUAUUGCCAGGAGCAGUAAAGCCAUAUGACAUUAUUUCUGUAGAUUAUUUGCAUCAUGAUGGUUGUUCAAUGAGAGCAAUGAUCACAUUUAGAGACCAGAACCUGGCCAAGUUUAUCUACAGAUCAAGAUAUAUAUUCUUAAAGGCCCAGAUAAAAAUUCUUAGAUUUUUGAAAACAAGGCACCACCGAAUCCCCUUCUGGAAGCCAAGCACGCAAACCCUAGUAAGGAGAAACAACCUCCCAAAACCCGGCCUGGUCUCCAGAAGCGAGAGCUUCAAAAAUUAAAAAGGAAAGAUGCCCACCUGCAAGACCUGCAACUUCAAGAGAAUGAAGAUGAGGAUCUUUUUUCCGCGGAAGAAAAUACCUUAAUUAGGCAAUUUUGCCAUUUUCCAUCUCCAAUACAAGCUGAAAUAUUAGAAAGAUUGGAUAUGCUAAGAAUUAAGCUGGCUGGGAGAGAUACAAACAAGGAAAUCAAUAUGGACGCCCUUAAAAGGACCAGACUUCCUAUAAUUUGAACCCUACACAAGAACCAAACCCAGCGGCCUGUCGGCCAUGUUACCUUCAGACAAUGGCUGAGAUUAAUUUACUCCCAAUUAAGGAAGCCCAGCACACUGAAGAGAACACUACACCACCUCCAAUAAAGAGAACCAUCCCGAAGGUGAAUUCACCAGGCUCUUGGGACAAGCUGAGGUAUCUAGAUGAGGCGGAAUUAGGCCACAAUCAGGUUCCGGAAAAACACCUACGGAAAGAGAUAACACACUUCAAAGGCCCGGUGACCACUAAUGUCAGUAUUCAACAGUUAACAGCCGAAACUAUAGAACAUUUGGCUAGUUUGCCAUGUAUGGAGAGCAAUGGGCCGGCUCAUAAAAAGUAAUCCCUAAAAGCACCUUGGGAAAUAAUUGACAAAGAUUAGACCAGAGACAAACACCAGCCGGCUCCCUAUCUCCGCGGAAAUCCGAUAUCAUUAGAUACGAACAGACUCAACCCUCACUCACAAAUCAAGCAAAAGCAGUUGUUUCCUUGAAAGACGCACCCAACCUACCCCAGAGCCUUAAAAUUGUCUCCUGGAAUGUUAACGGCUGGGCGACAAAGCAAAUGGAUCCUGAAGCAAUGAAUCUCAUCUCUUCUUUCGACAUUGUAUGCCUCCAAGAGACCUGGUCCCAACAAAGUAUUGUUCUCCCAAAUUAUUGCUCCUUUAGCUCCUGUGCUCGUAAACUAACCAACAGGGGUCGCCCCCAGUUGGCCUCGCCUGUCUUAUUUCAACCAGCUUACCCCUCACUAUUUGCGAGGAAAUUAAAUCUUCCCCUUACUUUCUCACCAUAAAGAUUCAUCUCCCAAAGACCAAAAGCCCAUGGUUGAUAACUACAGUAUAUCUGCCCCCAGCAAUUAAUGAUUUCGACCGCAAUGAAAGGUGGUCUGAACUUUCGUCUUGGCUCCAUGAUCUCCAAACAACUAACCCAGGACUCCCUCAAAUCCUCUUAGGCGACUUUAAUGCAAGAAUAGGUCCCAACGACGAUGAUAUAAUAUCUCCCGCAGCACUCCUGGACAAUCCCCUGCAGCCCCCCUGGGAAACAGAUGCUCUCUUGAUCCUAUAACAAAUGCGUCGGGAGGCUGAUGGCCCAACUGGCCAUGGAAAACGAUCUCUGCAUCGCAAAUGGUAACAUUACUCCCUUGUCCUCGCAGCAAUUAACGUGCAUCACUUCCCGGGGAACCAGUGUUGUCGACUACAUUUUAUUGACGCCGGAGCUAUUCUCAAUUUCUACAAAAAUGGAAGUGGCUGAAUAUUUUGGUGGUGACCACCUUCCAUUGACUCUAAUGUUAAACCUAAUAGAGCCACUCCCAGUCUCCUCAAACUAUAGAACCAUGGUACAAAGCCACCCUGUAUACAAAACAAAGAAAUGGACAAGCCUCAGCUCCUCUCUUGCCCUGGACAUACAAAAAUCAUUUGAUAUGUCUGCAGUUCCCUCUGAUCCAAUCCUGCCCGCUGACCAAUACCGGAAAUUACUUGAUGCUUUCUCAACAACUUACAUAACCACCACCUCGCCUACUUACCAACGCCUCUUCUCUGAAUCGCCUUGGUUUGACAAGGAAUGUAAAGCCCUAAGAAGGCGAAUUAGGAAAAUGGUCAGAAUCAUCAAAUCUUCCAACGACCCCCAAACCCGUGCAAAGCUCAUAGAUAUUAAAAGGACAUAUAGAAACAUGAUUCAUUGCAAGAAACAGCAGUACAUCUUUGAGGCUUGGUCCACUCUUCGUUCGGCUGUAGAGAGGCAUGACUCCCGCUCCUUCUGGCGCCUAGUUAGACCUUCGGCACCAUUCAAUCCAGCUACCCAGAUUUCCGCGGAUGAAUGGAUUGCCUAUUAUUCAACUAGUUUCGCUUCUCCAAACCAUCUUACAGAUCUCCUUCAAUCCCCAUUGGACCUCAGUUCCUGCUCUCUUAGUCCCACUUCUUCAAUAAACUUUACUUCAACUCGCAUUUUCAACAUCAUAAUGUCAAUGCAAAGGAAUAAGGCCCCGGCCCAGACAUGGUCCCGUUGGACCUUUUCCUGACUGAUCCUCUUUGGUGGAGCGAACACCUGACUCCUGUAUUCACCGCUAUCUCCUCCGCCCUAGACAUCCCCGACUCCUGGAGAGAAGCUAUAAUAGUUCCGAUCUUCAAAGGCGGCCAGCCAAACAUCCCUAGGAACUAUCGCCCCAUCAGCUUAUUAUCCAUCCCGGGAAAAUAUUUGCCGCUGUUUUACUGGAGGAACUUCUCUCAUGGGUCCAGGAGAGGAACAUUCUACCGCUAGAACAGAUUGGUUUCCGAAAGUCAGCGUCAACCAUGGACCAUUGUCUAACUCUCUUUCACCUUGCCAGUAAAUACACUGCUCCAAGGCAAGGCCACCUAUUUGCCGCUUUCAUGGACCUGGAGGCCGCCUUUGAUUCCAUUCCUAGGCAGAGAUUAUGGUCCAAACUUGCCCAUCUGGGAAUUGAUCCGCACCUUCUCUCCCUAAUUAUCUCCCUUUAUUCAAACACCACAGCUCGCGUCCGAACUAGUCCAAACGGCUCCCCACUACUCCAUUUCCAACGGCCAAGGGCGUCCGACAAGGUUGCCUCUUGGCCCCUUUACUGUUUAAUCUCUAUCUUCAUGAUGCAAUUUCCACUUUGAAGCUAGCAUCUAAGUAUCCUCCUCACUUAGCAGGCCACCCCGUUGCUUCCCUUUUCUAUGCUGAUGAUGCCGUCAUCUUAUCCAGAACAGCUGCGGAUCUAGCAAAUGCAGUUAAUGCAUUUAUCGCCUAUUGUAAGGCGGAAGCUCUUAAUAUUAAUUAUAAAAAAUCGAAAGUCCUCCACUUCACUCGUUCCCGCAAACUCAAGUUGGAGCCGCUUAAGAUCACAGGUGGCUACUUAGAAAAGGUAAAAGCCUUUAAAUAUCUAGGAUUAAUAUUCACCUAUAAUCUCUCCUGGACCACCCAUCUACAAUCUGCCUUUCUCGCUGCAACCACGACCUCUAACGCCAUUGUCCGAUUUUACCACCAGAAGGGCGGCAAACACCUUCCAGCAGCAAUUCAAAUAUUUAAUGCCAAAGUCGUCCCUAAAUUAUUAUAUGGAUGUGAAGUAUGGACUACAGCAAUAUCAGGUAACCUGGAUCGUCCACUUCAUAUGUUUCUGAGAUCUCUUUCCGGCGUCCCGAGAUGUGUCUCAGGUGCAGCCCUACGACUCGAGUUCGCCCAGCCUUCAAUUGCUAGACGAGCAUGGAGCCGAGCCAUUUCCUACACCCUCCACCUAUUAGCAUCGGAUGCUCGAAUUAGAGGUGGCUUUUCCAAUCUGAUCCUAAGAGAUAUUCAUAAUUCCCCUUGGAAAACUACAAUUAACCUCAAAUUCCGCUCUCUUCUCAAUUUGAAUUGUAAAACUGUUCUUAACUUAGAGUGUAUCAGCCCGGUGGCCCUACCCCUAAUUAAAAAGAAACUACAGCAACUUGACUUCUCCAACACAGCUUCUUGUGCAAGAGGACCGUGUUCAGGCCUAGCCCUAGCUAUUCCACCCCUGAAGGGAUCCCUCUAUACUGCUUCACAAUUUCUUCGGAGACUAAGCGAAGGGCUUUUACCUGUGCCCGUCUCAACUGUUUUCCUACAGCAGUUCUGUCGGGUCGUUAUUCCAGAGUUCCCAUCGCAAACAGAACAUGCUCCUGUAAUGACACGGCCCUGGAGACUAUGGAACAUGUAAUGCUCUUCUGUCCCAACUGGACAGAUGAAAGAUCUCGGUUUUUAACUCCCCUCGUGAAUAAGUUCCAUCUCCCAAUCCAGCCUUGGAUAGUGUCCCUCUUUUUGCAGGAUUCUGAUUGUUGGAUUACUGAGAUGACAGCUAACUUCCUGCUUAGUGUGAUGAAGAGGAAAGCGGCACUAACUUCUUCCUUAACACCACAGAUGCAGUCGAUACGCCGCACAACCGAACGAAGUUCCAAGUAGCCUUAUUGUACAAGGACAAUCGAGUUAGGACUAAUCUGAGGAGCUGAAGGACCCUUCAACGGUCCUCCUCCAGCCUCAGCAGCUUUUUUUUUUUUUUUUUCCACUUUCUUUAAGUAUUCGCCCAGGACGAUGUCUACCUCUACCUCCCCACCCCCAUUUUAUGUUGUUAUUUCAAUGUAUAUCAUGCUAUGGCCACUCGGCUAAUGCAAUAAAUCUACUUUGAAUGUAUAUUUCAACAUUUUUUUCAAUUCAUUAUAAAGCUUCUCCCAGAAGUCUUUCACCUUGGGGCAGGUCCACCACAUGUGAAUUGGCCCAAUCCUCUUUUCUAGCCCCCUGGGGAGGAGCAGUUGAGUCUCUAUGGGGUUCCCUUAGAGCUGGGUCCACCUGGCGCUAAAUGGGGCACAUGGCAAGAGCGUUGGGGAGUCUCAUUGCAGCUGCACCUGUUGGAUUUCCAGGUCCUGGCCGCCGUCUACAAGGCGCUGAGUGACCACCACGUCUAUCUGGAAGGGACCUUGCUCAAGCCCAACAUGGUGACCCCGGGGCACGCCUGCCCGACCAAGUACAGCCCGGAAGAGAUCGCCAUGGCGACGGUGACCGCCCUGCGCCGCACGGUGCCGCCUGCCGUCCCAGGUAGGCCAGCGCUCCCUCCCUCCCACCUGCCUGCCCCACAGCUCCCCUUGGGAAGCCACACAAGGGUCUUCAAAGACAAGCCGUCAGUUUGUCUUCGAAACCAGUUGGUGCUGCCUCCAGCUUCCGGCGCAGUGUACCUUUGAAUGCCAGUCCAAGUGGGCAGGGGGCGCCUUUGCACCCAUGUCCUGCUCCUCGGGCUUCCCAAAGGCGCCAGAUUUUUGGCAGGUGGCCUUGGGCCACCCCUUCCCCUGUUCCUCGGCCUCCCUCGCAGGGGUGUCGUGAGGGUGAAAUCCCCGAUUGCUCAGCCGUCUCCUCCUUCCCCACGCUCUCCUUCAGGGGUCACCUUCCUGUCCGGCGGGCAGAGCGAGGAGGAGGCGUCCAUCAACCUCAACGCCAUCAACAACUGCCCCCUGCCCCGUCCGUGGGCACUGACCUUCUCCUAUGGCCGGGCGCUGCAGGCCUCGGCCCUCCAACGCCUGGCGCGGUCAGGCGGGAGAAUGAGGACUCGGCCACGGAGGAGUUUGUCAAACGCGCCGAGGUAAAGGGCAGGGGGGAGGCAGUGUGGGGUGGGUGUUUAUCCUUUUCCUCCUGUGGGGCAGAGGGUCCCGGGACAGGCAACGAAAGGCUCCUUCUUUUAGCACGGGGAGCGAGAGAAUGCGGGCGCCCCAGGUUAGGCAAACAGGCCAGUGACCCACCCAGUUCAGCACCCUCUUCUCACAGUGGCCAAAGACCCAUAAGCACCUAGGAAUUGAGAUAGACUGCCACUGGAGCUGGAGGUUCCACAAGAGCAUCAGAAGCGCCUGGUUGCUGGAUCAGGCCAUUGGUCCAUCUAUAAUACAGUCAUACCUCAAGUUGAAUGUGCUUCGGGUUGAGCGCAUUCGAGUUGCGCUCUGCGGCAACCCGGAAGUAACAGAGCGUGUUACUUCCGGGUUUCGCUGCUCGCGCAUGCGCGGACGCUCAAAAUGACGUCACGCGCAUGCGCGGAAGCGGCAAAACACGGCACUCGCAGACGCGCCGUCGUGUCUUGCGUUCCAUUCGGGAUGCGAACGGGGCUCCAGAACGGAUCCUGUUCGCAUCCUGAGGUACCAGUGUAAUGAUAUUAAUAAUAAUAAUAAUAAUUAUUAUUAUUAUUUAUACCCCGCCCUUCCCAGCCAAGACCAGGCUCAGGGCAGCUAACACCAGGUAUAAAAACAAUUGAUUAAAAUACAAUUUAAAAACAAGAUUAAGUACAACAUUAAAAUGCAGCCUCAUUUCAGUAGAAACUCAAAUCAAAAACUUUUUGGGGAUGAAAACGUCAAUUCUUCACCAAGGCCAACUAUCCAGACUGGUCCUACAUGGGCCAGAAAAAAGCCAGGGAAGUCCCCAAAGGAGUUCCAUCACAGAAGGGGAAAGGAAAAAAGAACGAAAGAGGGGAAGGGAAUCAAAUAGAUCUAGUCUUCCAUCCUCUUCUCACAGCGACCAAAGACCCCAUCAAACCUAGGAAUAGAGAUAGACUGCCUCUGGAGCUGGAGGCUCUAUAAGAAUAUCAUAAGAGCCUGAUGGAUCAAGACUGCGACCCGCUUUGUCCGGCCUCCUGUUCCCACAGUGGCCAACCUGGUGCCCCCAGGGAAACCCGUCAGCAGGAGCUGGGCACAAAAACCACUUUGGAGGUGUUUUAAAGCAGAGGUUGAAGGGCCAUCCGUCAGGGAUGUUCCAGUUGAGAUUCCGGCAUUGCAGCGGGUUGGGCUGGAUGACCCUCGGGUCCCUUUCCCCAGCAUCCUUCCAGGGGCUCAGGCAGAAAAAGGCUCAACCCUCAUCACCUGCUCCCUGCUCCCUUCUCCAACCGGUGAUGCAGAUGAUGGCGCCAGGACCUUCCAUAAACAAAAAGCAGGUGCUCCAUUGCUGAGCUUGCUUUCAAAAUAAAGAUUCUGGUCCAGAAGAGAAACCGAGGGAGCCGAAUUGGAUAUAAACGGGCAAGAGCUAUGGCCAUUUCCCUAAUAAUAAUAAUAAUAAUAAUAAUAAUAAUAAUAAUUUAUUAUCUAUACCCCGCCCAUCUGGCUGGGUUUCCCCAGCCACUCUGGGCGGCUUCCAAAAAAAAUAUUAAAAUACUGUAGUACACCAAACAAAAAAGGGGGCAGGAUUCUAGUCCCUUUUAUGCUAAAUAAAAGGAUUGUUUAAAUAGGAAACUCCUUUAUGCAGAGACCAUUAAUGGCUCCAUCUAGCUCAGAGCUGUGCACACACUGAGCAGCAGUGCUGGCUUGGAUUGAUGGGAGUUGUAGUUUAAAAUGUAUUUGUGACGGCUGAGUCCGAUGGGAGUUGUAGUUUAAAAACUGUCCGGGUCAGCGGAGCCUGAUGGGAGUUGUAGUUUCAAAUCUGUCCAGGCCAGCGGAGCCUGAUGGGAGUUGUCUUUCCAAACUUUUCUUCUGCUUUCCAGGUCAACGGCUUGGCAGCCCUCGGCAAGUACGAAGGGUCCAGCGACGGUUCUGGCGCGGCGGGCCUGUCUCUCUACGUCGCCAACCACGCCUACUGAGGCCCCGCUGGGCUGGGAGCAGCCCCCCCACCCCCAGGUGGGGCCAGGCUUGUAG